AUGUGACGCAUGUCUCUUCUCGGUUGCCAUACUUGUACUGGCUAAAGGCUAGUAGCUGUUAGCCAGCUACCUUCUAAAGUUAGUCAGAGGAGCCAAAUAAAGAGUGAAAACAGCCACGUUGGCCAACGACCAAGCAACGUUGGAGAAUAUGGUUGUGAAUCUCUGUCUGCCACACUUUUAUACAACAGUUCAUUGCAACAAGCUAUGUGCAGAUGGCUAUGAUGUCACAAACCUUGUGUCGCCCGACCCCGCUGUCCGGAGGCAGGGCUUCAAACUGGAGUACUUCCUGCGUCCACCUGUACAGGUGACAUUGAAGUUUGGCUUCCAGGUGGAGCUGUGCAGGGUGGAUGUGGAGCUGUGGCCCUGGGGUAUGGACAAAGGACAGGCCUGCAAGAAACUGGAGAUCAGCACCAGCUCUGAUCAGCGACCUUCCCAGAAUAUCAGUCAAGGCCACGGACAGGUUCAGCAAAAGGAGCAGAUGCAGGUAAAGAACCAGCACGAACAGAACAGAGAAAAGCAACAACAGCACGGCCGUAAAUCUCGCCGCAAUAAUGGCCACCAGUGGAGUCGUCAGGCCCAACAGUGGGGAGAAGAGACUCUAACUGAGCCUGAACGAAGGGGCCAUGGGGUCAAGUGUCAGUCAAACACUGAAUCCAGUAAUCCUGAACCAGAGUUCAAACUGGUAGGUCGUUGCGAACUUAGGGAGGAGACCCGAGUCUGUUUCUCACGUUCAAAUUUUAGACCCCGCCCCCCUUUCCUGUCGCUUCCUCCUCCACAACCUGCAAACUGUCGGCAAGAGGAGCUAUGGAGCCGGGGUCUGCUCUCAUUAGGUGCUGUGACACAACUUCGUGUGACUGUGCCAUUCGGCGGUGCAGCAUCUGCUCUGGGGCUCAAGGCUUUGGUUGUGUGGGGACAACCUGCUCGCUGCUGCCCCGCAGAAGAAGUAGAGAGGGUUAAAAGAGUCCACGAGGCCAGUGAAAGACGGCUGCCACAACCUGUACUUUUCUCCUCUUCUGUCAGCCAGUCGAAGCCGCUACUGCAAGCAGCUACACCUCCAAGCAAUCUUUCCAUCCCAGAAGAGUUCCUUGACCCAAUAACUCAGGAGGUUAUGAUGCUACCCAUGCUGCUCCCCAGUGGUGUGUCAGUGGACAACACCACUCUGGAGGAGCACCAGAAGAGAGAAGCCACUUGGGGUCGACCACCGAAUGACCCCUUCACCGGCGUCCCGUUCACUUCGACCUCCCAGCCUCUUCCUAACCCCCAACUGAAAAGCCGCAUUGACCACUUCGUCCUGCAAAAAGGGAUGAAUAGGAGGGAAGGGAUGUUGGGAAGACGAGGGGAGGGCGAUGAUCCACAGGCCUCAAGACUUAUAGCCUCUAAAAGAGAUGAACAGUCCCAGAACUCUCCAAGUUUCAGUCAAAGCUCUUCAAACAAUACUGUUAUUCAAUACAGUGCUGGCACCAGAAAUAUAAACAGGACUCCACAAAUAGAAAACACCGGAUUAAGACAUUCAUCAGAUAAUGGAGAUCAAACAUCAGACUCCCAGCCUUUUACUACAGAUAAUAAAUCAGAGUUAGAGAGAAGAAAGAAACGAGAUCUAAGUGGAAUUCCCAAAGAAUCAAAUGAAGGGUUUACAGCUGAGACGCAACAACUACCUCAAACAAAAAGACCAAGAAACAAUGCGGUUUCAAUCCCCAGCUCUCAUGAGCAGCGUUUGUCAGCCAGCCUGGAUGAAGCCCUCUUCUCCGCCCUGCAGGGCCGACCCUCCUUCACCUCAAACUUGUCCCAGCAGAGACUUGUUACUCCUGACUCUGAACCACCAAGCGCCUCACAGCACUGUCACACUGCAGGUGAGAAGAAGUGCUCAGCGUGUUCCUGUUCGGUCUCCGUUUACUCUAAAUCUGCAUCAUCAGUCUACCGCCUCACCUGUGGUCACUUGCUCUGCCGUUCCUGUCUGCAGAGGGAAUCACAACCACUAAACUCUGUCACUAUAUCAGCCUCCAAUCACAUCUUGUGUCCCGCCUGCCAAAGCCCUACACCACGCAGUGACAUCGUACGUGUUCAUCACUGACCGAUGCUUUAAAUGGCAAACCUACGCAUUCAAAGCCUGCGAGGAGGACUGUACUCAAGCUGAAGACUGGAUUGUACUGCGUAUGUGGCGUUUUAGUGUUGUGACCCUGCUGAACUCAAA